UGUAGAUGACAACAGCUUGUGCCAGAGUCCAGUCCAGUCAAGUUGGAUUCUCCUGCACAAUUGAGACAGUUUCAGUCUCUUUCCUGUCUUAAUUUCUCUAUGGCUUCAACUGAGACAGAGCACAGAGCUCCCUUCUCACUGGACUCCUACUAUGUUUCAGAGAAACUGGGCUUUGUGCUUCAAGACCCUCUGGAAACUCUUCCACCUUUUUACCAGCCAUGGAUGUAUAUUGCCCUACGUGUGCCAGAAUUUGUGAACAGUCAUGAGCUGCGCUCCCAUAUUAACCAGAUGCCGCUGCUGAGCACCCAGUUCCUCCAAAGCCACAGAGAAUUACGGCUUGCCCACCUGGUUCUUAGCAUGAUCACCAUGGGCUACGUGUGGCAGGAGGGUGAAAAUAAUACUGUUAAGAUGCUGCCAAGAAACCUGGCUGUCCCUUACUGGGAGGUAUCACAGCGCUUAGGGCUUCCCCCAAUACUCACCCAUGCAGAUGCAGUAUUAGCUAACUGGAGGAAGAAAGAUCCAGAGGGACCUUUUAACAUGGAGAACCUGGAGUUGCUGGUCAGACUCCCAGGUGGUGACAGUGUCAAAGGUUUUUUCUUGGUCACUCUGCUGGUGGAGCUUGCAGCAGUGCCUGCCAUAAGGAGCAUUCCCACAGUCAUCAAUGGUGUCAGAAGUGGUGACACAGUUGCUGUGGCCAAAGCCCUGGGGAACAUAAGUCAGUCUAUACAGGACAUGAAUGAUGCACUUAAACUGAUGCAUGUAUAUGUGGACCCUUCAGUCUUCUACGGCAUUAUGAGGAUCUACCUGUCUGGGUGGAAGGACAACCCUUGUAUGCCACAGGGGCUUGUUUACGAAGGAGUGCAGACAGAACCAAUAGAGUGUUCUGGGGGAAGUGCUGCACAAAGUAGUCUGCUGCAUUGCUUUGAUGAACUACUAGGAGUCCAACAUGAAGAAAACUGUUGUGAAUUUCUAACCCGCAUGAGGAACUACAUGCCACCUGCCCACAGAAAACUAAUCCAUGACAUCUCUUUGCAACCAUCUCUGAGGGGAUUUGUCCAACAGCAGGCCAAUGAGGACCUGAACAAGGCCUUUGAUGUCUGCGUUUCAGCACUGUUAGCCUUGCGUAGCUACCAUAUCAAUGUUGUUAGUCGCUUUAUCACCGUACCUGCUGCCCGAGCUCGACAGCUGCGCAACAACAGCCAAGAAUCAGAGGGGGAAAUGGUCAGCAGAGCCCCCACAUCUCUAGAGGAGAGAGGCACUGGUGGCUCAGGCAUCAUGACCUUCCUUAAGACCGUGAGGGACAAAACAAAAGAUGUCUUACUGCCAGACACAGCUAAUGACAACUGUCAUUAAACAAGAUACAAAUACAACUUUGAUUACUGUAAAAGACUAUUUUAAAUGCUGGUGACAAAUGCUUGGAAACAAAGUCCAGUGGAUUGUUUUUAAUUUUCUUUUGUGGAAUGACUAUUUUAAAUGUUAAUAAAACUUAUACUUUGGCAAAAAGAGAGACAUCUCAAUUACUUUUCCUACAUUGAAUAUUUUUUACUUUGUAAACAAUUCCUAGGCCACAAGACAAGUGGGAUACCAAUCAUUCAGUCCAAACCCUAAUUCAAACCAUUUCUAUUGCUUGCAAUUUGAUUUAACCACGAACUCCUUUAUUUUGUCUUGGAGUGGCGGAGGAAUGCAUCAGACCCAUUUGUCUGCUGAACAUUAAGUCAUUAGACAACAGUAGUAAUUUAUUUUGGUUAAAAUGGUCUGUGGAAUUCAGCUGAAAUGUAUUUGAUAAAAAGUUAUGGAGUUUCCAGCCAGCUCACGGACUUAACCUCAGUGAACAUAUGUUUAGUGGAUAAGAGAACACCCUUGAAAAUACAGUGUAUAGAAAUAGCUGAAAACAAUGAAGAGCUUUUGUUGCAUUUAGGCUUUCCUGUAUAACCAAUAUUGCUGAUCUUUUCAAUUAAAAAAAUAAAAGCCCUUUU